CGACCCACCUCUCCCGCGCCGUCCUCGUCGCGGCGCCGCGGGGCAGCCAUGCCGGGCCGCCCGCUACGGGGCCUGUGGCAGCGAUGGCGCCGCUAUAAGUACCGCUUCGUACCCUGGAUCGCGCUGAACCUACGGCACAACCCAAGGACCCUCCGAUAUGUUCCAGAGGAAUCCAAAGACAAAAUUAUCUCAGAUGAAGAUGUCCUAGGAACAUUACUGAAAGUUUUCCAGGCGCUGUUCAUAAAUGAUUUCAAUAAGCAGUCAGAUAUCUUGACUAUGCUUCCAGAAUCUGUUAAAUCAAAAUAUCAAGACCUACUAUCAGCUCAGCAUCCAAGGGUGGAACUGCUUGAACACAGACAUCAACAGCAAAAUAUCUUUAAACCAGAAGAAAUUCUUUAUAAGACAUUGGGUUUCAGUGUUUCUCGAGCAACUAGUUCAUUGAUUUCUGCUGGAAAGGGUGUCUUCGUUACUAAAGGAUUGGUGCCAAAAGGCGCGGUUGUAUCUAUGUAUCCUGGUACAGUAUAUCAGAAGUAUGAACCAAUCUUUUUCCAGUCCAUUGGAAACCCAUUUAUUUUUAGAUGCCUGGAUGGGGUACUCAUUGAUGGAAAUGACAAAGGAAUUUCAAAAGUUGUAUACAGAUCUUGCAAUGGGAGGGAUCAACUUGGUCCUUUAAAAAUGAGUGAUAGUACAUGGCUAACAUCAGAAAUUCAUAAUCCACUGGCUGUAGGACAAUAUGUCAACAAUUGUUCAAAUGACAGAGCAGCUAAUGUCUGUUAUCAGGAAUUUGAUGUGCCUGCAGUUUUCCCUAUAGAACUGAAGCAAUACCUUCCAAACAUUGCCUACAACUAUGACAAACAAAGCCCACUUCGAUGUGUUGUUCUUGUUGCACUCAGAGAUAUCAAGCAAGGAGAAGAGCUUUUUUCAAACUACUAUACAAUUGUCAGCUAGCUCUGUGAAUUGGAAAUUAGCUUUGGAACUUCAGCAUUUAUUUAUACAAGAACCAGGGUACAGCCAGAUGUGCAGGAGGAUGAGAGGAUUCACCAGACACAGAAGCGGGGAACAGAACAGGCAAACUGAUGAAAUACACUGCUGAGGGGAGCAGCGAGUGAGACAGGAGAAGUCUGCUACACCAUGUAAAUACAUUAUAGCUUUUGAAAUUAAAACCUACUUCAAAACUUAAUUCAAUUUUUCUUCAAUUUCAAUUUUUCUUUUAUUUUUGUAUAUCUGUUUGGGUUUACAUGUUAACCAAAAAUGUGUUAUAUUGCCAUGAACAAAUUAGGGGGUGUUUGUAUAUAUAUAGAUUAUUAUAUAUGGGUAAAAGAAAAAUGGGGAGUCAUACUAUUUUCUCUAUUUUGAACAUUUACACACACAUACACACAGCUUAUAAAAGUCAUUUAUAAAAGUUUUUCACGUAAGAAUAUACUUAAAAGACAAUGUUACUAGUAGAAAAAACAUUUCCCAUUUCUCAUGUUUCCAAUUUCUAUUAGUAAUGCUCCUGACUUAUCUACUCCACCAGUUGAAGAGUGAUUAUUUUUUGAGAUUUUCUUUGGAGAACUAGUCACCCAUGGCCCCUCUAGUUCCUUCUCUGUGCACUCUGCCACCAUUGUAUGCCCUGGGCUGCUCUGUGCCCUUUUGUGCAGUCUGCCCAGUCGAGUUCUUGAACUGAUAGUCUAGGUCAGAGGUGGAGUAAUAGUGACUCGAACAAAUAUGACUCUGAAGCCACUUUCUCCAGAGUUUUAUUAGUAAUACUUACUUUGAUCUUCAUUGACCUGACUACUGCAUCCAACUCUCAGGUCCAAAUUGGAUAGGGAAAAUAAUAUUACUUACUGGGCCCCUCAAAUCCUCAUAUGAAACUUAUAUGACAAGAUACUGACCACCUUCAUUGCUACACUAAACAGCUUUUCUGUGCACUGGAAUUUCAGACGUCUAAUUACCUUUACUUUUUUCACUCAUGCCCUCUUUACAUCUGACUAUUUUAAAUGUUAGAUCUUGACUACCUCUGCUCAAAAACCUCCAAUUACACCUACCAUGGAGAAAAUACAGUCCUUCACACACAUGAUCUAGCUGCUCACUACCUCUCACCUCCUGCUCACUCCACCCCAGCCACACCUGCCCCCUUGCCACUCCUUAAACCUGCCUGUCACAAUCCCACCUCAGGGCUUUUAUACUAGCUCUGCCUGCAAAGCUCUUCCUCUAGGCAGCCAUACAAUUAAUUCCCUCCUUCUUAGUAACCUUAUCUAACUAUAUAUAGAAAUUUAUAAUCCUCAUGUGCCACUACUGAAACUCCACAUUUCACCUGCCUGCCUUCUGUGCCAUUUCUCAUCUAUAUAUACACAUAUCUGUGAACAUAUCUGAUUCUUUUUUCAGCCUUUUCAUUUGUGUCACUAAAAUCCUGAGAAACCAGUGGGUCUCAUAAAAGAGCCAAUCUACUUGCUCAAAAUUCUGUUAUCUGGGACUUUAUGUAGAACAUGGAAACUAACUCCCAUGGACAGGUUAGAUGGGCUAAAGUAUUUAGGAGUUAUGUUUUGGUGUCAAUUACUUUUUAAAAACAGUUGAGGAAGAAAAUGUGUAUUCUAGAGGGAGGUCAAAUACGGUAAAUGCUAAUGUCUAAUCUGAGUUCUUCUUUAUACCAUUUUUUUCUUACAAGUUUUUUUUUUCCUUUUUAAAGUUGGCGGAAAGUUUCCAAUGGGUUAAGAGUAAUUUAGGUGAUCCCCUAGUGAAUAUUAUGUGAAGGAUCCUAUGAUUUGAAGGAUAAAACAUGGUUCCUGCUUAUAAUGUGUUCACAGGACUAUACAGCUUGCCUAGUACCAUGACUUGGUUUAGGAUGGAGGGAUAAAAGUAUUUUUAAAAGAUGAAAACAUUGAUAUUAAAAAAAAAUCUUUCUUUUCAAAUAAUUUUUUAGAUUUAUAGAUGGAUGAUUUCAUUUCUAACAUGCUUGUGAAAUGCUUUUGAGUUCUAUACCAGGAAACAAAUUUGUGGCAAUAUUGGCUUUACACCUAUAAAAAACAGCACACCAAAAUCAAAGUAUACACAGCAUGUCUCUCUAAAAGUGUCAGCCACUGUGUAUUAAACCUCGAAAAAUGUGUCAAUUCCUGGUCUAGGACCAUGAAUUCAGUGCCCCUGUGCACUGUUUUGUCAGCAAAUCAGCAGAGACAGGAAAAGGAUGAGGGCUUACUCACCUGGUUGGGAAAUGUAAGUGUUAUGGUCACAGGACUAGUUUAAAUUAAGAUGAAAGGUUAUAUAGUGAAAUGUGCAAGUGUACAAAUGUACAAAUGCUAUAAAGCCUUUGGGAGGUCAAAGCAGCAGCAGACUCAAAAACUCUACCAUUCAUAGAAACUGACAUCACUAAAGAUUAUUCUGUUUCUCCCUAAAAGCCUCAAGUAUUAUGUAGCUCACACAUGGUACUUGGCUGUGCUCCUGGCUGUAUUUAAAACCCUUGUGCUUGUCCCAGCUCUGAAGGCCCUCUGUGUAUAUGUGUC